AUGAGGGAAGUAUUAUUCCCCGAAGGAUUAGCGCGAUAUAUUCUUUUGUCCAAAGUUCCAAAGAGAGUUCUCAAGGAAAAAAUGAAAGGAACUCGAACAGAAUCAGAUAAAAUGAUAACAGGAACGAUGAAAAUUUUACCACUUCCUGGUGUAGAACCCGAGGCUUGUUCACCCAAGAGAAUCCAUCAAAUACAAGUCAACAUUGCCAUUCUUACUCAUCUUCCGAUGUUACAUUUUGUGCGUGAUAUCUCUUACACACUCGAAAGUAAUUCAGAAAUUAAUCCGCCCGUAAAGAUGAAACAUGUCGUACAAAAACUCGCGCAAUAUGGAGCAAAAUUGGAGGAAGAGAACAUGUACUUUCCUAAUUAUAUCAAGAAUGAGAUCAGAACAUUUGGCGAACAUCAAUGCAGAAUAGUGUUUCCUGAGGUUCGGCAUAACAUGUGGUUGAAGGUUAUCGUGGGAAAGAUGUAA